AUGGCCCAUGCGAGCCCUGAGAAGGAUCGCAUUUUGCACCCUCAGGAUUGGCAAAAAGACUCGAUCAAAGCGACAUACGAGGCUGGCGGUGGGCGCAGCAUCGACUUUCUUGGUCGUGGCACUCUUCGUCUCUUUGUUCUCCAGCACGUCUUUGAUGUCGCCCCUCCACAAUCUCCGCCCCGUGCGCACCCAACGAGCCAACGGGAAAUGAAGCCCCCCGCACGACCUGGCGAAGACUCGAAGAACUCCCUGCGCGGGUUUCUGAUCAUUACUCUAACGGGGAACUCGGGCACCAAGCUGGAGGCUGCAUACAACGCACUAAUCCCGCACAAUGGUGCAGGACAAGGCGGUGGGGUCGGCACAGAUUGGUGGGCGCCGUGGGGGAACGAGGUCGUGGGGCGCCUGAAUGGGGGCAUCUCAUGCAGUCGGGAGGAAUGCACGCUUGGUGAUAGAGUUCAUUGCUCGGACUGA